CAGUCGUCCGCGAGCAUGUGGCAAUCUCUCUCUGAGCGCUCUUUUGACUUCCCGAGCUUCGCUCGGCGCUGCGGCCUGCCUCGUCAACAUUGCCUAUCUCAUUAUCGUCAACUCGUGCUGCGAGGAACUUUCGCGGAGCUCUGGUCUGGUCUCGACCGGCACGCUCACCUCGCAACCUCUGCAAUCCAUCGUGGUUUUUGGACUCGAGCAGCUCACUCAGCUCCGUGCGAUCGUCGCCCAGUUCCCGUGAAAGCAAAGCCUUUUGAGCUGUCAGUUGUACUGUUUCUCGGGUCGAUUUCGGGUGGAGCACCAUUACCACCAUUAUCACCAUGUAAAUUUUCUGUCCAUUCGAUAGAGCCAACGAGGCCCUGGGACCUAGGGUUAGGGUUGUAUCAUGCUCGAGAGCCGAGCAAGAACAGAAUCUACGGUCAAAGGAUCGAGGAGGUUAGAACCGGUUGGGAUGUGGGUUAAAUCGGAAUCGUGACGAUCAGUUAAACUCGAUAAAUUUGCAGUUGUAGUUGGGGAGCCGAGUAUGUGGGACGUGCCAGGUUGGGUUGGGUAGAGGAGACGAAGGUUAAAAGAUCGGUGCACGUGCAAGUGUGAACGAAGGCAAUUUCAAGAAGCGUGGGCCGAGUAGCAAUGUGCGUAUAAGGCAGUUUAGUGUGGCGCACGCAUCAGUGAGGGUUCCGGCAGCUUGGGAGUGAGCAUGCGCAAUUCCGAGAAACCAUAUCACCAGCAGAUCGAACUUCAACGUCGCGAUGAGGAAGAGCCUCCCGUUAACGUGUUCGUCCAUUUAGCCGACAAAUCUUACGAUAGAUCAGGGCUGCUGCCUGCUGGCGAGGCUAGGUCUGAUGGUUUUGCUCCGAUUGCGACCGGUAAUAUGAAUGGGAAUGGCGCUCUUCGGAACGUGAUCAAACAACCGGCAGAUGUGUUACCGCUGCUGGCCAGAAACAACAGCGCCUCAGGCGGAGAAGAUGAAACUCCCCGGGCGAAGGAAGCUAAGUAUGCCGGGGCAAGCUUGCGCAGUGCAGUUUUCAAUUUGUCCACCACUAUCAUCGGUGCUGGAAUUAUGGCGUUGCCGGCCGCCAUGAGGGUUCUGGGAGUUGCCGUGGGGCUUUUCGUGAUCCUGGUCAUGGGAGUGCUGUCGGAGAUUAGUUUGGAAUUGGUGGUUCGUUACAGCACCCAAUUGAAGGCUUAUUCUUACGGAGAUAUGGUUUAUGGAGCUUGGGGAAAGACGGGGCGCUUUGUGGCCCAGAUGUGUGUUAUAAUCAAUAAUGGCGGAAUUCUCAUCGUAUACCUCAUCAUCAUGGGAGAUGUGCUUUCCGGUUCUAAGGAUCACACGGGGCUUUUGGAGGGAUGGGCGAGACAUGCAGGAUGGUGGACGGACAGGAAGAUCGUUCUGCUCUUUACACUGAUUAUCGUGCUCGCUCCCUUGUCAUUUUUCAAGAGGAUCGAAUCUCUGGAAGUUUCUUCCGCCAUAUCCGUCGCUCUGGCCUUGCUAUUCGUGAUCAUAGCAUCGGGCAUCGCUGCUCUCAAGCUGGUAGAAGGAAAGUUAGCCGUCCCUCGCAUGGUACCGGCUUUCGAUUCCAAGAAGAACAUCUUGGAUCUUCUUAUCGUGGUGCCGAUCAUGACCAAUGCGUUCGUUUGUCAGUUCAAUGUUCCACCGAUCUAUUACGAGCUGCGAGAUAGAAGCGCGCCGAGGAUGAACAAAGUGGGACGAAUUUCCAUCCUUCUGUGUGUGAUUGUGUAUAUGGCAACUGCUCUCGCGGGCUACCUUCUGUUCGGAGAUGCAACAGAUUCAGACGUAUUGUCGAACUUUGACACAGAUUUGGGAAUAGAGCAUAGCCAGUUUUGGAACGAUCUGAUUCGUGUGGGUUAUGUGAUUCAUCUGUUUUUCGUGUUCCCGGUCAUCAACUUUUCCUUCAGGCAAACCAUCGACUCCCUUCUCUUCCCGUUGUCGCCUCCCCUACAAGACAGCAAUGCCAGAUUUGUGAUCCUCACGUCUGCCUUGUUGACAAUGAUUUACUUGGGCUCCACAUUGAUUCCCAAUAUCUGGGUCGCUUUUCAGUUCACGGGUGCGACGACGGGACUUGCUCUGGGAUUCAUGUUUCCAGCGUUAGUAGCACUUAGAUCUGUCGGCGUCAGUGUAAUGGAACGGAAACUUGCCUGGACUAUUCUUUUGAUGGCAGUCGUCGUCAGCGUGGUAGGGGUGACCACUCAAAUCUACAGCUUUGCCACAGGUCAAGCUUAGGAACACCUUCUUCCUUGCCUCCGCUGACAGUCAUUCGCAGGGUUAUGCACAGCAAAGAGGUGCUGCUAAAUGUCACGUGCUUAUCUUCAGAGGCCCUUUUGUGGACUCGCCAAUAUUUCGGGAGAUUGUCUAUUUUCUCCGCGCUCUUUCUCGAACGACAAUUGGUCUACCACCAAUCCUGCAAUACAUUUAUUUCGUCAAAAGCAGGUUCUUGCGGAUCAGCUGUACGAGUUCCCGACCUGCCAGAGUAGAUGAGAUUAAAUUUUUUCUAGUGUAGUGUUCAUGCUAGUCGAAGAUUGGUCUGAACCUUGUUUCACCUCGAAGGAAACAAGUUUGUCGGUGCUCCAUCCAGUGAAAUCUGGAACCUAAAAGGUGCAGGUUCACUCAACUCUUUCCUAAUUGAAUGCCUUAUGUGCUGCAGUGUUACUCUGUGAACCUGCAUGUAAUUCUAGACAUGCAAGAUUUGACACCUUUAGCUUCCUACACAUUCCAUUUUUUUGUCAUUCCCAUAAAUUAUGGGGCCGACAGCAAUUGAGGUAACAAUUUGACUGAUGUCCUCUCGUGGCUUCUUCACGCUGUGCCUUGACCUCGACGCUGUGCCGCUGUGUUUCAUGGUCAUACAUCUCCCUCUUAACAUGCGUUUGCUCUACCUAUCGCGCUCAGCUUUUCAAGUUUGCUCGUUUGGUUCAGCACCACUUUUCCCACCUGCAAGUCUUCGUUGGUUGCAAUCAGCUGCGAAUCUCUUUCGCAGCAUCGACGAUCGCAGAUAAUAGAAGCUUCGGUCCGUCGGCAAAACUCCUCACAGAAUCAUCAGGGCGUGUAUGAGCCGUUUGUGUGCGGACUUGCGUGGCACCGAGGGUACUUCACACGCUUCCAGGAACGCCUUCGAUGUGAACUCGCGCCGUACACAUACUCCAGGAGAUUGUUUGCUGCAGUGCUCGGAGUGUUGACUUGAGCUUUUCUCUCGUAGUUCACAGGCGAAAAGCGUCCCUUACAACUUGUGCCGUGACUUUAUAGCUUGUGCGGAAUAUAUUUCUGUAGACCGGGGAUUAUCAGGAGCCUUUCCGAUCCACCAUUACAGCAGUGGAGUAGCGUGAUGAUGAGCAACUCACAAGGUUGUAGGCUCGAGAGCUGCGAAUCGAAAUGCCAAAUCGACGACGGCUAGUUUGUGGCCCACAUCAAUAUCUUGUGGCUUCUUCUCACUACCUUCUUCGGUUUUAACUUGAGGCGCAGGAAGCCAGAAACCCAGUCCUUCCAAGUCCUCCAAAGCUCCAAGCCUGAAGCAUCAUCACGACCAGUAGUACUCUUGUAUCCUCUGAGGCCUGGAGCUCUAUGCGUCCUUAACAGUCAUUCUUACGACUAAGCCAUUCACAUCGUGUUCAUAAGGACAGAGUGGAGUAACCUGGUGAUUAAGCCUGGAGUAACCACUAGUUGUGGAUAACACAACCAAUCUAGGAACAGGGACAGAGUGGGGUAACCUAGUUGAGUGACGAUGUGACGUGCAUAACCACCACUAGAUGUGGGUAACCGAACUAACGUGGUAGCAGGGACAGAGCUGGGUGAACCUAGUUGAGUGACGACGUGACAUGGGUGACUACCACUAGAUGUGCAUUACCUAACUAACCUGGUAACAGGGACAGAGCAGGGUAAUCCAGUUUAGUUACGAUCUGACGGGAGUAAACACCACUAGAUAUGUAUUACCUUAGUAACCUGGUAACAGGGACAGACAGGUACCGUCCUUGAAAGUGGCAUUUGCCACUUUUACCAUAUUUUAGUUAAUUGUGGCACUCAACAUUUUUUAAAAGUGGCAUUUGCAGCGAAAAGAUGUUGUGAGUUCAUUUCACAACAACAACUUCAGGC